AUGAAUGGAACGAAAGGCCCGUUAAAUAGUCCUUUAGAUAGUCCUCCAACAAGGCAUACCACCGAUAUCAUGGCAUUUUGUUUUGUGGUGGGUACCGAAGUUGGGAACUCCUUUCAAGUUGAAGGCCCGGCAGGAAUCAGUAUUUCAAAACUCAAGGAAAUAAUCUAUGAAAAGAGAAAGAACAAGUUUGAGAACAAAGGUUUUGAUCCCAGCGACCUGUAUCUAUGGAAGGUGAAUAUUCCUGUCACAGAAAACGCUAAACUGAAAACACUUGAAAGCAGAUCUCAUGAUAUAAGUGAUGAAAAUACUACUAUUGAAGAGCUUGGAGGAGUAAAGUUGACUCCAUUUGGUAAUGUUGGUGACAUUUUUCAGGUGUUUCGCAAGGCAUUACGCAAGCUUAUUUCAUCAAAAGUAUUUGAAAGCAUAGAGGAAGUAUUGAGAAAGGCGGAGUCUCACUGGACAAAAUUGAAAGACAAACUGGUCAAAAAAAUCGAACUGGAAGAAUUUAGAGUUUCAGACCACAUAUAUAAAGAUAGUAUUAAUGAAUCCGGAAUUCCUGUGAUUAAAGGAAAACCUUCGUUCCUUUUGCAUUCAUUACCGUCUGACAACAAAGAAGGUUACAUCCCUGAAAAUAUGCUUUCUACACUUCUUAACAAGGUUAUGACACAACGUUGGCUCUUCUUAAUGGGUACUUCCGGAUCUGGAAAAACUCGUUCUUUAUAUGAGUUAUUUUGUAGCGCAUAUGGAAUUUACUUCUCAUUGAACACCAGAAAUGGUUCCAAAAACUAUAACUUUGGCUCUCGAGACAUGGAUAAAACUAUCGAGGAUUUGGGCUUUAAAUUAGUUUCUAACAAACCUCAAGAAAAUAGUAAUAUAGCACUUAUAUACACUCGUGCCAUGCUUCUUAGCCGAUUAUUCAUUUUAACCAAGCUUUUAGAGUUCCAUAGAAGUAGCAAUUCUACAAAUUUUACACCGAAGCAAUGGCUUCUAAUGCAACUUUUACCAUUGCAAAUUCAUGAUGAAGACUUCUGGAUUUUUAUUGCAAGUGAUUUUCGCAAUUUAGAUCCAUUAUAUCAGGAUGAACUUGUCACUGAAUUUAUCAAGAGAUUCCAAAGUUUCGUCCCUGGGCAAGAACAAUUACCAAUUGCAAUUGAUGAAUCGCAAUCGUCCAUCGAGAAGUACGAGAAAAUGUUUCCCUCAACAAAUCCUGGAAAUAAGUUACGACCAUUCUUUGUUAUCUUGCUUCGGAUGGUACUCAAACUCACUACAAUGAAGUUAUGUCUUAUGCUGUCAGGGACGGGAAUGAGCUUUGAAGACAUUAAGAAUUUUGCUUCCUCUACUAUUGCUAAACCAAUUGGUCCGUCAUUCGAGGAUUUUUUUUUCGUACACGAUGGGUUUUACGAAAAUAGUGAGAUGUGUAAUUAUAUUCAGCGCUUUUUACCACUAAAUGAUGAAUCAAUGAAAAUCAUCUUCAAUAUUUUUCGGGGUCGCCGAAGAUUUUUAGUUCAGUUUCUGAAUAAAUCUUUAUUAGAUACAUCCUCAAUGUCUCGUAAUGUGAAUGAAAAUGUGGAAAAGUGGCAACGCGAUGCAAAAGAUUUCAUAAUUUCAACCUUUAAGGAUAGUUGUUUCCCUAAAUUACGUGAAGAUAAAGAAGUAUGGAACAAAGUAAUGGAUAUCGCGACUCUUAGCAUGUUUUCUGAUUCUACAAUGGUAGUGAGAGGAGGAGGAGUUAUCGAAAUGGUUCAAUAUGGAUUUGCUCAGCUUUGCGAUUAUAAACACCUAGCAUCUGAUAAAGAUAUUUUUCGAAAGGAUGUUAUUGAAGUGCAAAUACAAGAAACGAUUCCCUUUUUGGCGUUUAUGGAAUAUGUUGAGAAAGAUUGUCAUGAUCGUAAUGAAAUUGAGGAGAAGCUUUUGCAAGAUCUAUGUAAAGUACAUAAUAAUGCAUCAUGUGCGGGUUUUCUUUUUGAGCCUUACUUGACUAUUUCACUUGAGAAAUUUUUCAAUGAAAAGAUUUGCAUGAAUAAUGAUUUCUUUACUAGCAUUAAGGAUAUCGAUAAUAUAAAACAAUUACUCUCUUAUAAAUCAACUAUUCGUAACCAUAAAGACUCAGCCAUACUUUGCUCAAAGGGUGAUAUGAAGGAAUCUAAUCUAUUCAAGUUUCUUGAUAAUCCAUCUACAGCAUUCUUUAUGCCAGAGAGGGAUGCCGGUCCAGAUUUAGUAUGCAUAAUUAAUUUCGAAACUCCUGAUGGAAUUGUUGAGGUUCCCCUUUUUCUCCAGGCAAAAUUGUGGAUAAGUAGCCCACCCAGUAAUGCUAUAUUUGCGACAGAUCCGAACUGCUUUUACCCUCAUGGAGAUGAUCCAUUUCGAAUACCCCAAUGGAAAAUUGAACUGAAAGAAAAAGUGAUCAAUUGCUUAAGAACUAAAUAUCAUAGGGCAUACGAGCACGGUCUCUCAUGGAUCCGUUUUUUGGUAGUUUAUCCUGCCAAAUUUAGUAUGCAAAGUCACUACAUACGCAAAGAGCGGGUUCGACCAAUAAGACCGGGAACUGCUAAUAACCCAGAAGUGAAGGAACUGUUAAUUGUAAUUGAUUCUUCCAAUGCAGAAUGUUUCUUUUCAAGUCUUGGGAUUAAUGUAUUGAAUGCAGUGAAACGUGUAGAUAAAAAAGAAAUCGAUAUGGAG